AUGUCCUACACGGAGAUGGCCUGGAAUGCGUUCUUCCUACCUGUGACAGCGCCAUUGUGGGUGGGGCGAUCGGCAGUGAGUGCGACUAAGGCUGCGGCUUCGAUGACCAAGGAUAAGGUGCAGUCGACGGUGCAUCGUAUGGUCGGGCCGGUCCUGGCGAGAAUUUCCCCUAUAUACCCCUUGAUAACCCCUCUUCUAGCAGCUCUGAAUCAGCUCACACCGCGAAGGGCUCAGCAUGCUGGUAGAGUCGUGUCGACGGUGGUUGCCUAUGGGUCGAAGGCAGUGACUAGUGAGGAGUAUGCGAGGACACAGCAGGCGACGAGAGUGCUGCUUCGGGAAAGCGUGGGGGCGGCGAGCACACCUGAGGCACGUCAAAUAGUAGUCCUACUGGGAGAGCUGUGGAUGCGGAUUAUGGACGUUAUCGCGUCACCACAGUGUAGAGCUGCGGGCCAGAGUGCGCAUCGUUUGGUUGUUGGUGGGUUAGCUGCGUUGCACUCUACCAACACUGAUAGAUUUGUAGCAGCUGUGUCGAGGUAUGUGUCCGCAGCUGUGGACUUCCUGGCAAGCGAGGACGUUGCGGCUUUCAUUGGGGCUACUCUGAGAGACUUGGAAAUGUGGUUAGAGAGCGAGCAUGAAAACUGGCAGAAAGAAAAACGAUCUCGAGCGGAGCGAAGCAGAGGUAGGGCAGAUUCGGUAGAGGAGAGUGGCAGCAGUCCGGCAUCUCGUGAUUCGAACGCUGUGGACAUGUUUGGUGAUGGCGAGUUGGAGUGUGACGUAGCUGUGGCUGCGGGGGAGCUGGCUCGGCAACAGCCGGAAAAUCGCGAAGUCCGCCGACGACGACAGCGCGUAUUGCAGGACUCGGUGGAAAGGAUGCCCCCACCUGUUGAUCGAGGUGCUAUGAGGCGACAGGGCAGUGCUAUAGACUUGGUUGGAAAGGGACAGGCAUUUCUCGAGCGUAUCGAGAAGACGGUGAAUAUAGGGGUAUUGCUCAUAGGAAUAUGGUCUUUACUUGGCAUGUACGGCCUCAUCAAAUUAGUAGGCCUGACUUGA